UUUUUUCUUUUAAAUUUCCUUCUCAUUGUAGGUGAAAUGUAUGACUGGUUGUUGGUUUUCCUUUUGUAUCUUAUCUUUCUGUGGAUGCCGCUGUUUUGCCAAUUUGUGCGGUUAUGUUUUGAGAUUGACUACUCUUCUGUUCCUGUCUUUAAUUCUCUUCUUAUAGCUUCUACAACAGGUAGUAAAAUAACGACUUCUUGUGGGUUUUCCUUCCAUCUUUUCUGUUUAGCGUUGCCCUCCUUCUUAUAGCUUCUAAGGUAGGUAUGGCAUGCUUUGGUCUAUGUCGUGAACUUGCUUGUGGAAAUGCCUCAUCCAACAACGAACGGAAAAAGGACGAUUUGAGAAUCAGUGUGAUGUGUGUGCAAGGAUGGAUACUGGUGCCCCUGCCGGCUAACAGGGAUGCACGAAAGUAACCUUGUGAGUUGAGCUACAACAAGAGCAGCAGCAGCAAACAUUCCCCUGUCCAGCCAACAGAUGGCUACGUCACUUGGUGCUUCCUCACCGAACUGCAAUUUGAAAUCUCCAUUCACUGGAAUGUGUGUACCCCGUAUUGCUGUUGUGGGUUAUCAACAUGCUAAGUUUGUGACAAGGAGGACAAUUGUGGAAUGCAAAGAAUCAAGAAUUGGAAAGCAGCUGAUUGAAGUACCUUCAAAUGUUACCUUAACAAUUGAUGGCCAAGAUUUGAAAGUCAAGGGUCCUCUUGGGGAGCUUGCUCUUACUUAUCCGAAAGAGAUUUUACUCCAGAGGGAUGACUCUGGUCUUAGAGUCAGAAAGUCAAUAGAGACUAGGAGAGCCAAUCAAAUGCAUGGUUUAUUCAGGACUCUUACUGACAACAUGGUGGUAGGUGUGUCAAAAGGAUUUGAGAAAAGGCUUCAAUUGGUAGGUGUGGGUUAUCGUGCAACAAUUGAAGGAAAAGAUAUAGUACUUAGUCUUGGAUUCUCUCAUCCAGUCAGGAUGACAAUCCCGGACGGCCUGCAAGUGAAAGUUGAAGAUAAUACCAGAGUUAUUGUUGGUGGAUUUGACAAAUCUGCUAUUGGUCAAUUUGCUGCUUCAAUUAGGAAAUGGAGGCCGCCAGAGCCAUAUAAAGGUAAGGGUGUAAAAUAUGCUGACGAGAUAAUAAGAAGGAAGGAAGGUAAAGCAGGGAAGAAAAAGUGAUAAAUUGUAUCAUUUGACUCAUUGCUCUUUUUUUUUUUUUUUUUUUUUUUUUGUGAAAAUGGGAGUGGAACUCGGGACCGUAUCAUUUGCCUCGAUGCUUACAAUUGUUUGCAGGUAGAUCCAUUUUGCAGCGCUAGUUCUUAAAUCGCAAUUCAGAUAUUUAGU